CUUCCCAUUGGUCGCCGUCAGGACCGCGGACAUCCGGUUUGAGCGUCGGGCUGCGGCGCGCGCCAGCCGCUAUGGUGCGGUUCAAGCACAGGUAUCUGCUCUGCGAGCUGGUGUCGGACGACCCCCGCUGCCGCCUGAGUCUGGAGGAUCGCGUGCUCUGUAACCUCGUGCGGGACACGAUCGCCCGCGUGCACGGGACCUUCGGCGCAGCCGCCUGUUCCAUCGGCUUCGCGGUUCGCUACCUCAACGCCUAUACUGGCAUCGUACUCCUUCGCUGCCGGAAAGAAUUCUACCAGCUUGUGUGGUCAGCUCUUCCCUUUAUCACAUACUUGGAGAACAAAGGACACCGUUACCCCUGUUUUCUCAACACCUUACACGUGGGAGGUACAAUCAGAACCUGUCAGAAGUUCCUGAUUCAGUACAACAGGAGGCAGCUGUUGGUCUUGUUGCAGCACUGCACCGACCCAGGAGAGCGGGAAGCGAUUCAGAAGUCCGUCACGAGAAGCUGCCUGCUGGAGGAGGGGUCGGGAGAGGAAGAGCUUUCGGAGAGCGGGGGCGAAGACGCUGUGGAAGCGAUGGAGUGAGCCAGGACAGGCUCCACGGUGCCCCCUGGGCUCCAUACUGGAACAGGACAUGCUUGUCUGGACCGAAUCGCUGAUCACCAGAAUGUUUUUUGCAGCUCGAGCAGACGACGCACCAAAACCAGAGUCGCCCCUUUCCUCACUGUUUCAGUGGCUCUACUGAACCCCCUGUAGUUAAUUUUUGUAUCUAGUUGUCUGGCCGAGAAUAGGUUUAAUAAAUGUAUUUCGCUUCUGCAGCA